CUCGAUUUCUUUUCGCCGACUGGUAUAUAAGUCAGUGGACUAACACUAAGAAGGCACAGUUUCAUUCCAACUUCCAAAGCAACAACAUGAAGGUUUUUAUUCUCGCUGCAUUGGUCGCCGUUGUCGCUUCCCAAGCGUACCCCAAGCCCACUUACCCCGAGCCAUCAUACCCAAAGCCCGCCUACCCCGAGCCCGCAUACCCCAAACCAGCGUACCCAUCUCCAGCUUAUGCCAAGACCCCCGAAUACGCCCCGAUGCCCUACAGCUUUGCCUGGGCUGUUAAGGACGAUCCUUCCUACAACGACUACGCCCACCAAGAAACCGCUGACGACAAGGGUUACGUCACCGGCUCUUACCGCGUUCUUCUUCCCGACGGUCGCACUCAAGUCGUCAACUACAAGGCCGAUGAUUACACUGGCUACGUUGCCGAUGUCAAAUACGAAGGCGAAGCCAAGGAGUACAAGCCUGCCUACAAGCCAGCAUACCCAAGCCCCGCUUACCCAAGCCCAGCAUACCCAAGCCCCGCUUACCCAAGCCCAGCGUACCCAGCUCCUAAAUACCCAACCAAAUAUUAAGAGAAUCUAACUGUUAAUCACUUUGCACAAAGUUUCAUUUGUAAACUAUAAAUUAUCUUGAAUAAUUCAAAUACAAUUCUGUCAUCCAUUAAAAAAAAGAGCUUCUUAUUUCUUUUUUACGGUUAUACGACGAAUUAUGUAUAUGAUCAAAUGUUGUCGCAAUAACAACUAAAAUAAAAGGAUCUAUUUCUUU